ACAGACACGUGUAUUAGCACACCAAGUCAAACCAAUCAGACGGAAUGCUUCCUAUUCCCUUUAAAGAACCCUGGAUCAUCUGUUGAAUCCUGUCAUUUUGCUAGAAUCUGUAGACCUGAAUCAGAAACAACCACAUCAAAUUACAUUUACACACCCAGACAACUCAACCAGACAGACCAAUUUGCUUUGAAGAGCAGAACCUGCAGACGUGUGAUCAAAGGAGCAGGUAGUUUUUCUGACAGAAAGUCUACAUAUCUGAUAUCUACUCAGGCACGAAAGAAAGACUCGUCCUCUCAGGAAACAGGGAGAAGAGGGGCUCCGAAGAAAGAUGUUUCCAAUUCAUCACAAAAGAGCUACCCUGAUUCAGAUACAGAUUCCAUCAAAUCUAAUUCAAGUCGAACAAGCUCUCUAAAGGAAAACACACAUGCGAGAAAACACAAACGUUUAGAGGUACAGAUAAAGUGUGGUAUAUCUUGUAACACACAAUCUACUAGCACACACACAGCCAGGGAUACAAAGGAUGAUGCAGUGAUUCCAAUGGCCUCCCAUGACCUGCCCCACACCAGCUCCCCACGAGACAUGUACAAUCAUCCCGACCAGCAAACACAUACAGCCAUUCCAGAACUUUCCAUGGGUGACUGGAUGCCCCAAUCUGGAGCUGACAAAGCAUGCAAACAGUUGUUAACAGAAGAAGACAAUUUGACAGUUGAACAAGUGAAUUUUGCUCAGUUACAUCAGCAGGAUGAUUCCCUACUGAGGAAGCCAUCUGUUUCUGAGGAGAGGAAAAGUGAGGAAGAGAUAAUCACACUUCCUGGUCUAUAUGCACUUACAUACAUGUCAGAAAUCGUGCCCCCGGAAGUGAGACCCAAACCUGCUGUCCCUGCUAAGCCGUCUCAUGUGGUACCACCCACCAGCAUCCCCCCUGUGCCCCCCCAAGGGUCAGGGGCUGGAGGUCAGGGGUCAGGAGGAGGCUCAACAUUGCUGGGAUAUGUUGGGAUCGACACCAUUAUUGAACAGAUGAGGAAGAAGACCAUGAAGACCGGCUUUGAUUUCAACAUCAUGGUUGUAGGUCACAGUGGCUUGGGGAAAUCCACCAUGGUGAAUACUCUAUUUAAGUCUCAGGUGAGCAGACGGAGCUCUGGCUGGAGUCGUGAUGAGAAGAUCCCCAAAACUGUGGAGAUUAAAUCUGUGUCACAUGUGAUAGAGGAAGGUGGUGUGAAGAUGAAACUGACAGUGAUUGAUACUCCUGGAUUUGGGGACCAGAUCAACAAUGAAAAUUGCUGGGAGCCAAUAUCUAAAUACAUCAAUGAGCAGUAUGAGAAAUUUCUAAAGGAAGAAGUUAACAUUGCCCGUAAAAAACGGAUUCCGGACACUCGAGUGCACUGUUGUUUGUACUUCAUCUCUCCAACUGGACACUCACUACGGCAGCUAGACAUUGAGUUCAUGAAGCAUUUAAGUCGAGUUGUGAACAUCAUUCCUGUCAUUGCCAAAGCGGAUACUCUCACUCCUGAGGAAAAAACAGAGUUCAAGCAAAGGGUGAGGAAGGAGCUAGAAGUGUGUGGAAUUGAAUUUUAUCCACAAAAGGAGUUUGAUGAAGACCAGGAAGACAAGGCUGAAAAUGAUAAGAUCAGGGAGGCCAUGCCUUUUGCAGUAGUGGGAAGUGAUAAAGAGUACCAAGUCAACUGCAAACGGGUUCUGGGUCGGAAGACUGCCUGGGGAAUAGUAGAAGUUGAGAACCCAAAUCACUGUGAAUUCUCUCAACUACGGGAUUUCCUGAUCAGGUCUCACCUCCAAGACCUGAAGGAGGUCACCCACAACAUCCACUACGAGACGUACCGGGCCAAAAGGCUCAACGACAAUGGAGGACUCCAUCCCAUCUCAACCAACAACAGCACACAGGAAAGUAACCUGUAAUAAGAGGGAAACUGUGAGCGAGAGAAUGACUGACGUGAGGUCAACAGUGAAAGAUGAUAACAAAUAGUAUUUUUGCGGAUAAAUACAUUAGCAUAUGCCCUUGUGGAGCUUGUCUUAAACCUUUUUAACCAUCUGAGCAUGUUCGUUGUUGUCUCUUUUUCCAAAACGUCCUUUUUGAAACACAUAAUGACAGCACAUAAACCUAAGAUGGAGACAGACUGAAACAUUCUUGAGUAUAGCCUCUAGAUAUUAGAUAUUAGUUACUCCUAGAAGUUAAUGUGCUAUAAUAUGGAUGGAUGACAGCACUGCCAUUCAACUGCACACAAUACAUAGGAGUUGAUAAAUCUUUGUGUGAUUAUUUUCUCUAAUUUGUCUUGAUUCUCUACCUGCCAAAACAAUUCAGGACUUUUUUGCAAGUCUUGCUUAUGAUAUAUUGAUGCACACAUCAGUGUACUCCUGUUUAACAAUUGCUAAAUGCUCUGCAGCAUUUACUACUGGCUACAUGGUUUGUGUAGCUUACCCCGAUGACCAACGAUCCUUAUGGAUACCAAUUCAGGACUCUCACAUUAUCCAGAAUAGCACACCAAGUACGAAGCAGAAAUCUCUGAUUCCUCUCUACUCAAGGUUUUUUGAAGGUUUAUCCCAAUACAUUUUGUAAACGUGUUUCUAGACCACGUGUGCACAAGUGUGUUUGUGAGAGAGAAUGUGCCUUUAUAUCUUUUUAGAUCCAUCUUUCCACUUUUCAACCAACUCAAAAAGAACAUAAUAUUCAACAUUGUUAUUAUUAUUUUUUUAAUAUUUCAUGUGUGCCAUAUGAGUGUGCAUGUAUAUCACUGGAACAAAGGAAUUGCUUGAUGUCCGCUUUGGUGUUAACCACUUGAUGUUUCAGUCAAAGCAUAGGUCAAUUCAUGAUCCAUUUAGGCAAGAGAAAUUGAACUGUAUUGCACGUUAGAUCGUCUUUUACAUUCUGCCAUAAAUUUUGGAUAAAUACACCUUUUUGUUUAUUUAAUCUAAGAGCUUUCUCCUUAAUGCUUUUUGUGAAAUAUUAAAUUACAAGGAUGGUAUUCUUGCCGAGUGUUAUGUUUUUAAGUGUUAUUUAUUACAUCAUUUAAUAAAUGUUUUCCAUCAUUUUUUGACUUCCUUUGACUUUUCUGUAACUUUCUGUAAAUGUACAUCAUCUACAGCAUCCCUGUAAUGUAUUAAAAAAAAAAAAACUCAGCAGAAACAGAAAUAACAAAUCACUGCAUAAUACCUCACAAUGCUCACCUGCACAAAAACAGAGCUUAUCCAGGAACAACUGCUGAUUUUAUAACCCAAAUUUGUGGUUCUAUAUUUUCAUACUAAAUUGUGUCUCUGUUGUAGCCAGGGCUGUUUCUUGCUAUAAGUGGUAUAAGUGGUUUCUUAGUAGAAACAGACCCAAAACACAUGUAAGAAUUUAGUGUUAAUGAUUUAGUCAAUCUGUCUGCUUUCUCUGUGUUCUUGCUUAAAGAUUCUGACUGCAAAGUUGAAUUCUGGGCAAGAUGUUCUAUUUCUAUUGCUAUUGGAGUUUCGAGAUGUUUUGUUGCUGCACACACCGUGUAUCCUAUGUGUAAAUGUUUUGCCGAGAUAAAAUCUGUCCUGUAUGAUUCUGGAGAUCACCGAAGCAAGUGAGCAACAAUAUCACUUGACCACCAUGGGAUGUUUGACCUACUUUUAACCAAAACUAGUCAGCAUGGGCAAACAUGGCAGGCUCCGAUAGCCCACCAGCUAAAAGCCAGUGGAAAAGAAAAGGAAAGCUUGCCUCAUGAGUACAACUGCAAGAUAGACCAAGGUUAAAUGACAUCAUUUUUCUGGACAGAUAACUAAAAUCAUCCCAGCUAGUGCUUAGCUAUCAGGCUUAGAAUGCAUGGGCUCGACUCUACGGUAGCGAGUAUGGAGCUAUACACCUAAUGUUUUGAUUUUACAGAGAAAGAAAUGAUAACACAAAAGCAGUAACAGAGAAAAGAUAUAUUCCGCUUUUGUUUAAAGGCUCUAUUCCCAAAUGUCAACCACAAAUUACAUACCUGCGACUCAAAACUCUCCAAGGUCGAUGCAGUUAUAAUGUUUUCCGCAUGUCACCAUCUUGGUGUGGUGCAGUUCCAUCCAUCCAUUAUCUGUAGCCGCUUAUCCUAUCCUACAGGGUUGCAGGCAAGCUAGAGCCUAUCCCAGCUGACUAUGGGCGAGAGGCGGAGUACACCCUGAAUAAGUUGCCAGGUCAUCACAGGGCUAACACAUAGACACAGACAACCAUUCAUGCUCACAUUCACACAUUCAUACGGUCAAUUUAGAGCCACCAAUUAGCCUAACCUCCAUGCCUUUGGACUGUGGGGGAAACCAGAGCACCCAGAGGAAACUCACGCAGACACGGGGAGAGCAUGCAAACUCCACACAGAAAGGCCUUUGCUGGCCGCUGGGCUCGAACCCAGGACCUUCUUGCUGUGAGGCGACAGUGCUAACCACUACACCACUGUGCCACCCUACGCAGUUCCAUAGUUAUGCUAAUUAGUUAAAGCACAGUCAUUUUAAUCAAUUCCCCUCAUUACCAUAGACAUCCUCUUUGGAUGCAAUCCUAGAGGUGCAGCCUGAGGUUAGGGGAACUAUAUCAAGGUUGUACACAAGUAUAUUUGACAUGGAAGGCUGUUCAUUGACGAUAAUAAAAGAUAACUGGGAGAAGAAUAUGGGUACAAAUAUUACAGAUGAUCAAUGGUCUAACAUACUUCUAAGAAUCUAUUCCUCUUCCAUUUGUGCGAGGCAUAGCUUAAUUCACUUUAAGAUUGUGCACAGGCUCCACAUGUCUAAGGUUAAGUUAUCCAAAAUCUACCCAGAGGUUAAUCCUAUUUGUGACAAAUGUAGGCAAGCACCUGCUACUCUUUUCCACACAUUUUGGUCAUGCUUCAGUCUAACCUCAUUCUGGUCCUCAAUAUUUGAAGUAUAUUCAGCAAUUUCAGGCCUAAAUAUUGAUCCCUGUCCUUUUAUUGGACUCUUUGGUGUACCAUCAGAAGAUCUUCCCCUACAAAAGCCCCAAUUAAAUUGUAUUGCCAACUCCUCACUUUUAGCACAUUGACUCAUUCUUUUAAAUUGGAAAAAUGACAAACCUCCCUCCUUUGGCAGAUGGAUAUGUGAUGUCAUGUUUUUCCUUAAGGUUGAAAAGAUUAGAUAUACAUCGAACUGAUCAAUGGGCAAGUUUGAUGUAGUAUGGUAUCCCUUUAUUUCUUAUGUGGAACAGCUGACAAUGCACCUUGACUCUGUGUAAUGUACCCUAUAUGUAAGAUAAGUAGGUAACUAUUUUGUAGGCUUUUCUUGUGUAUCUUUUAUCUUGUGUGUCUUUUUUGUUUGUGUUUUUUUUGUAAUGUCUUAUAUUUCCUUUGAUU